AUGUCUUCGCGACCCGAGCUGAAGGUCGACGAUGAGCAUGGCUUCAUUCGAUACUUCAAGUCCCUUCCAGAGGUUCAUGAGGACACGAUCCGGAUUUUUGACCGAGGUGAUUGGUACACAGCACAUGGUGAAGAUGCCAACUUCAUCGCGAGAACAGUCUAUAAAACCACAUCAGUCGUUCGACAACUAGGACGAGAUGACAAGACCGGCCUUCCGUCUGUCACCAUGACCGUGACCGUUUUCCGACAAUUCCUCCGAGAAGCCCUCUACAAGCUCAGCAAGCGCGUGGAGAUUUACCAAAGCACAAGUGGUCGCAUGAACUGGAAGGUCGUCAAACAAGCCUCGCCCGGAAACCUGCAAGAUGUUGAGGAAGAGCUCGGAGGGCAAUUUGAGGCAGCUCCUAUGAUCCUGGCCGUCAAGAUUACAGCCAAGGCCUCCGAGGCGCGCAGCGUCGGUGUCUGCUUCGCCGACGCUAGCGUCCGAGAACUGGGUGUCAGCGAAUUCCUCGACAAUGACCUCUACUCGAAUUUCGAGGCUCUCUUGAUUCAGCUCGGUGUCCGGGAGUGUCUGAUACAGGCCGACAAGGCGGAGAAGGAUAAGCGAGAUCCUGAACUCACCAAGCUGCGACAAAUCAUCGACAAUUGCGGUGUGGCUGUCUCAGAGCGGUCGGCAGUCGAAUUUGGGACCAAAGACAUCGAACAGGACCUCGCCCGACUGCUCAAGGACGAAAGGGCUGUCACACUUCUGCCUCAGACGGAAAUGAAGCUGUCCAUGGGAUCUGCUGCCGCACUCAUCAAAUACCUGGGGGUUCUACAUGACCCUUCCAACUUUGGACAAUACCAGUUGUACCAGCACGACUUGGCUCAAUUCAUGAAGCUCGAUGCCGCAGCCCUCAAGGCCUUGAACCUCAUGCCAGGCCCCCGAGACGGAGCGAAAUCGAUGAGCGUGUACGGCCUGCUCAAUCACUGCAAGACCCCCAACGGCAGCCGUUUGCUGUCCCAGUGGCUGAAGCAGCCUCUGAUGAGCAAACAAGACAUCGAAAGACGCCAGCAGCUGGUGGAGGCCUUCGUCAGCGACACCGAACUCCGCCAAACGAUGCAGGAGGAGCACCUGCGUUCAGUCCCUGAUCUUUACCGUCUUGCGAAGCGUUUCCAACGGAAGAAGGCCAACCUGGAAGAUGUGGUUCGGGCGUACCAGGUCAUCAUUCGCCUGCCCGGCUUCCUCGGCACCUUGGAAGGUGUGAUGGACGAGGCGUACCGGGACCCUCUGGACGAGGCAUACACCUCCAAACUCCGCACUCUUUCCGACAGCCUUGUCAAGCUCCAGGAAAUGGUUGAGACCACGGUCGAUCUGGACGCUCUUGAUCGCCAUGAGUACGUCAUCAAACCUGAAUUUGAUGACAGUCUACGCAUCAUUCGCAAAAAGCUUGACAAGGCGAAGAGAGACAUUGACCAGGAGUUCAACAAGGCCGCCCACGAUCUUGGACAGGAGAAGGAGAAGAAGAUAUUCCUCGAAAACCACAAAGUUCACGGAUACUGCAUGCGACUAACGAGGACCGAAGCCGGCUGUAUCCGCAACAAAUCAGGCUACCAGGAGUGCUCGACACAGAAGAACGGCGUGUACUUCACGACCAGGAACCUGCAGAACCUACGCCGCGAGUUCGAUCAGCAGUCGCAAAACUACAACAGAACCCAGGCUAGCUUGGUGAACGAGGUCGUCGGAGUUGCGGCCUCGUACUGCCCUGUUCUCGAGAAACUUGCCGGCGUCCUUGCCCACCUUGAUGUCAUCAUCUCUUUUGCCCACUGCUCAGUUCACGCGCCGAUCGAGUACGUCCGGCCGAAGAUGCACAAACGGGGCGAGGGCCAGACAGUGCUGAAAGAGGCACGUCACCCUUGUUUGGAGAUGCAGGAUGAUGUGCAGUUCAUCACGAACGAUGUGGAGCUCACGAAGGACAAGUCCUCCUUCCUUAUCAUCACCGGACCCAACAUGGGCGGAAAGUCGACGUACAUCCGCCAGAUUGGCGUCAUCGCCCUCAUGGCGCAGGUCGGCUGCUUCGUUCCCUGCGCGGAGGCUGAGAUGACCAUCUUCGACUCCAUCCUGGCUCGCGUCGGUGCGAGCGACUCCCAGCUCAAGGGCGUCUCCACCUUCAUGGCCGAGAUGCUCGAGACAGCCAACAUUCUGAAGUCUGCGACAGCCGAGUCCCUUAUCAUCAUUGAUGAGCUCGGUCGCGGCACGUCGACAUAUGACGGCUUCGGCCUAGCCUGGGCCAUUUCAGAACACAUUGUCAAGGAGAUUGGCUGCUCCGCCAUGUUCGCGACCCACUUUCACGAGCUCACGGCGCUGGCCGACCAACACGCCCAAGUGAAGAACCUCCACGUCACGGCGCACAUUAGCGGAAGCGAAGAAGGUGACGCCAAGCGCGAGGUGACGUUGCUGUACAAGGUCGAAGACGGCAUCUGCGACCAAAGCUUCGGCAUCCACGUCGCCGAGCUCGUGCGCUUCCCGGACAAGGUCGUCCGCAUGGCGAAGCGCAAGGCGGACGAGCUUGAGGACUUUACGACCAAGCACGAAGACCUCGGGCUUAAGUACAACAAGAGUGACGUCGAAGAGGGCAGCGCCAUGCUUAAGGACGUGCUCGUUCGGUGGAAGGAUGAGAUCAAGGGCGGCGCAAUGAGCAAACAAGACAUGGUCAAGAAGAUGAGGGAGCUGGUCGCGUCAGACGAGAAGCUGUUGGCGAAUCCCUUCUUUCAGUCGGUCAAGCUUCUGUAA